AUGAAGAGUUCAAGAAGUUGGAACUCUGGAAGUAUUAAGGUUACAGUCUUACAGAUGAAGAGAUUCAAAGAGAGAGUACAUAGGAAAGAUCUUCCUAAACCAUUCGUUAUUAUGGGUUUUGGAUUUCGCAGUCUUUUGAUCACGGAUAUUACUUGUUGCUUAGCUGAAAAAGUAGCAUCUGUAAUUGGUUGCAUUGUUAUCUCAAUGGAGAACUAUCGCACUGGAGUUCGCAAUGGCAAUGAUUUGGAGUUAAUUGAUUUUUGUCUUCUUAUCCAGAAUCUUGAGAUUAAUUUGUUGAAAAAUCCAACAACAAAGGACGUGGUGAUGCUAUAG